CAACAGCUCUGACGACACGAGGGAGCGCACCUUUUCCUAAUCAUGAAGGCUAAUUUCAAAGGGCUGAAGAGGGCAUAAGUAAACCUCAGUUAGCUGUUAACGGUUAUGCUCGAAAAAGUCUGACAAGUUUGACAAUUCUACAAUGGCAUUUUCUAUGAGAGACGAACCUAGCAUCCAUAACAGAUGGGAGCCUGAGGCCCCUGCUUUAUCUUCAUGCAGUAAUGCCAAUAUUUUCCGCAGAAUGAAUAGCAUGCUGGGCAACUCUUUGGACCUUACUGGCGUGUGCAGCACACCCGGUGGCAGGGGAAGGCGAGACCCUCUGUUUGACCGGCAGGACUCUGACUUCUCUGCUGCGGCGAGCAGGAUGCUUUUCCCAAACGCCACACAGGAACCCCCGCGGGGGCUGCCCAACAUCAAUGACCUGGGCCUAGGCCUGCAGUCUCUCAGCCUGUCUGGGUGGGACCGCCCAUGGAGCAACCAGGAGAGCGAGCCGGUGCCCCAAGCAAACUCCUCCUCCAUGUUAGGAAUGCUUGGAAGUCCCCUAAGCCAGCUCCGCCACAAACCCAUGGGCUUUCCUUCCAAUGAGGCAAUGGCGGGUGCUGACUUCCUGGAUAAGUUUCCCGGCAUGGUCCGAAUGAACCCACGGCUGGACUCCCGCUCCUUCCUGGACUCUCGCUCCAGCAGCCCGGUGGACUCUGAGACCAGCGGCUUCAGCUCCAGCUCUGACCACCUCUCUGACCUCCUGUCAUCCCUGAGGAUCUCUCCUCCGCUGAACUUUGUGAUGUCCAAUAUGCAAAAAGAUCAUCUGAAGCUGGCUCUGGGUCAAAGGCUGGACCACGACAACUCUCCUCUCACCCCUCCUCCCAGUGCCACGCCAGCUAAUGCUCUGGCCAAACGCUGGCCCGGGGCAUCAGUGUGGCCUAACUUGGACCUCAUGGAUGCUCCAGAUGAGACAUUUAGUAUUGAACGGGAGGCCAGGCUCCAUAGACAAGCUGCUGCUGUGAAUGAGGCCACUUUUACCUGGAGCGGACAACUGCCACCUAGAAACUACAAGAAUCCAAUGUAUUCCUGCAAAGUCUUUUUGGGAGGUGUACCAUGGGAUAUUACUGAGGCUGGACUGAACAACACAUUCAGUAGCUUUGGCCCUCUGACUGUGGAAUGGCCUGGUAAGGAUGGCAAGCAUCCACGCUGCCCUCCCAAAGGUAAUAUGCCAAAAGGGUAUGUCUACCUGGUGUUUGAGUCGGAGAGGUCUGUGCGUAGCCUGCUUCAAGCCUGCACCCAGGAUCUCCUCCACCCCGAUGACCUUAGCGAAUACUACUUUAAGAUGUCCAGCCGAAGGAUGCGCAGCAAGGAUGUGCAGGUAAUUCCAUGGGUGAUUUCUGACAGUAACUACGUGCGAUGCCCCUCCCAACGCCUGGACCCCAGUAAGACUGUUUUUGUGGGUGCUCUGCAUGGCAUGCUUAAUGCUGAAGCUCUGGCCAGUAUCAUGAAUGACCUGUUUGGAGGAGUUAUGUAUGCGGGGAUCGACACAGACAAGCACAAAUACCCCAUUGGAUCUGGUCGUGUCACCUUCAGUAACCAGCGUAGCUAUUUGAAGGCGGUCAGUGCUGCGUUUGUGGAGAUUAAAACCCCAAAGUUUACCAAGAAGGUUCAGAUUGACCCAUAUUUGGAGGACUCAAUGUGCCAACUGUGCAAUCGUCAAACUGGGCCUUUCUUCUGCAGAGACCAGAACUGCUUCAAGUACUUCUGCCGCUCCUGCUGGCACUGGCAACACUCGAUGGAUAUCCUGAGCAACCACCGGCCACUGAUGCGCAACCAGAAGAGCCGGGACUCCAGCUAAGCGUGGCAGCGGAAUGCUACUGGCGACAGUCCACAGCGCCACGCCUAUGGAGCAGAGCACGAGUGCUGGCUCCCCCCACGGGAACAGCACUCCACCAGGAUUGGGGGAUGGGAAUCCAACACUAGAAGGUUCACUAUUGCACUUGCUACUUUUUUGUGGAUUUUUUUUUUUUUUUUUUUUUGCUUGUUCACAAUGGCACUAUGCACAGUAUUUGAAAUUUUAAAGUUUCUACUUGUGAAAGAGUUAGAGCUUGUCUCCUUCAACACUGAAGUGAUGGGUUGAGGAGACCCUCAGGUCCCAUGCAUGGGAGUUGGGAGACCAUUCAGGCCAUGGUUCAGAAUUUUCUUUCUUU